AUGUUAAUCCGUAUGUGUACAGAACCAGUGAGACGCGAAGCUAGCUUGAAGAAUCUGGCGGAAACAAUCCGUCGCUUGCCUGCGCUCGAGCGUCAGAAGUAUGGUCCUAGGUUCUCUAAGCUGUGUAAAUUAGUUCGCAUCCAUCACGUGACGGCCAGUGUUGUGCACAUGAAUAGUAUCAAAGAACUUGAGGAUCACGGAACUCUUAUCCUUUUGAAAGACCUUUUGCACCUCGGACGGUGCAAUCUUGCACUGGCAGUUGCAGAGCUGCUGUUCAAGGACAUAACAUGGCUAGAAAACUAUCUCCAUGCCAAAAGUGUCAGACUUCCGGAAACAGUCAUACAAGGGAAACUCCAAUACCAUAUUUCUGAUCGAUUUCUUCGGAGUAAUAUUCUUCUUUCGGCGAUGCGCAGUCAGGAAGGCAUUGGUGGUCAAUGUGACUGUCGCAUGAAAAAGUGUCUCAUUACUAGUAAGCACAGCACAGCCUUUCGGAGGGGUCUAGACGAGGAAUCCAUCGACACACUCCACGUAAAAGCUCCGAACAUCCAGUCGAACUCUUCAAAAGAGUGGUGGAGGUCUCAUACGAGGCUCUCUACAUACAUGUGCCCAUCAGUAAGCUUCCACCAAGAUGAACUUGCCACUAAUCAGUCAUUCGUUGCGAAAGCAAUUGUUCAUAUGCGACGCGACCAUAUCGUUCAGCAGAAGGAGCUAUCCACGGUUAUACAGUUGAAACGUGUCAAAUCAGGCGCGCUACAUGCUCUAUUCUCUUACUUCCUUUUCAAGCCCUCUAAGUCCAGUUUGGGCGCAUUACAAAAAAUCCCACUAAGAGAGCUGAUUUAUGAAAACCUUCGGAUAGAAGAAGACUUGAAGGUAGUGCAAAAUCUCGCGAUCAAUCAAGGGUUGAAUGAACGGCAAUUCAUAUGGCUCUUACUAAGUCGCUACUACACGGACGGUGACUUCAACAAAGUUGAACACCUAGGACAAAAGUUGCCGCGUUUUAGUCUUGUAGAACUCGAAGAGAAAUGA